AUGGAAACAAAAUUCGUUCUAUUUUUAAUCGUGUCAGCCGCAACGCUAAUGGGUUCGGAUAAUGUAGCUACAGCUUCGCCGGUUGCAGCUGGAAACGAUUCAUUGCCCAUGUACGCGCAAGGACAAAUCUCAGGAGGAUUUUCUGCAAGUGGAUCUGUCACGAUCGGAAUGGCACCUCAAGGCUCCAAGACAUCUACAGCCGGUGGGAAGCGCUGA